AAAUUGCAUAGAGCAAUAAAUUACUCUAUGUACCAUUGUUAUAUUUUGUGAUACCACAGAGAUAUCAAAUAAUCUACAAAUUACAAAACAUGUUGUCUUGAUAAUCGUUAUCAAUCAUAACACAGAAACAAACCUGAAACGGAAACGGUGUAUGAUUUUCGAAGUUUCAAAUUAUAUGAAUCUUUCAAUCUUUGGGUUAUCUGCCUCAUUUCAUUCAUUCAUACAUAUUUCAUUAAGACCUUUUUUUCAGCUGUCUUUAAUUUAUUUUGCUUAAUUUUGUAUUGAUAUGAUGCCGGUGUCUGAAUAUUCAAAGGACUUUGACCGAACCACAGAUGUACAGACACACGAUCAGACGCCUUUCGACUCCAUUAUAUCGGAACAUCCACUUAUAUUGAAAGGUCUAUCUGAUUGUGGGUUUAUAAAUGCUUCUCCAAUACAAAUUGCUGCACUACCAACAAUUAUUGCAGGACAUGACACAAUAGUUGAGGCGAAAAAUGGAACAGGAAAGACAUUAACUUUUGUUAUACCUACUUUGAUAAGAUUAAAAUUAGAACAGGUUAAUUUACAAACUAUUAUUUUGGCACCAACACGAGAAAUCGCUGUCCAAAUACAACAGUGUUUCAAUAAAGUUGGACAGCACUUGCCAGAACUGAAAUGUGAAUAUUUCAUUGGUGGUACUCCAGUUGAUGUUGACAAACAAAAGGCGAAAUGCUGUCAAAUAGCUGUCGGUUCUCCGGGACGCAUUAAGCACCUCAUCAAUGAACAUGUGUUAAAAUGUUCAGAAGUAAAGAGCUUUAUACUUGAUGAAGUUGAUAGACUAUUUACUGACAAAAACUUUACGAAAGAUGUUCGACUGAUUGAUGCUAAACUUCCAAAAUUAAAACAAACUAUUGUUGUAAGUGCAUCAAUUGAUAAGAACGAUAUGUCUCUCUUUGAUGAGUUUAUGAAAGAGUAUAUUAUGGUCAAGGGAGCAGAAGAAGAUAUGAAUGCAUUACAAGAUCCAUCAAAGUUCCUAAUAGGCAUUAAGCAGUAUGUAGCAUGUGUUAAAGCAGUUAGUACUAAUAUAAUAUUAUUACCUGCAAAAAAUGUGCGACUCCUCAAUAUAUUACAAAAUUUGCCAUAUACACAAUGUAUCAUAUUUACUAACUACAUGACAAGAGUUGAAGCUGUUUGUAAUAUGCUACGUGACCAUAACUAUAAAGCUGAUUACAUUAGAGGUGAUCAAGAUCAAAGUAUUCGAUUAAAGUUGGUAGAUAGAUUAACAUCUUUUAAAUCAAAAAUACUUGUUGCCACGGAUUUGAUAGCCAGAGGAAUAGAUUCGUCAAACGUAGACCUGGUGAUUAAUAUGGACUGUCCAAAUGACUGGGCUACAUACCUACACAGAAUUGGCCGAGCUGGAAGAUUUGGAAAUAAAGGAAAUGCUUUUACAAUAUUGGAUGAUGACAAAGAGUUGAAAACUUUUAAACAAAUUAUUAACAGUAUUGAAAGUGUUAAGGUUAAAAUGCUACCGAUUGCAAUUACAAAACCUAUACUUGAAUAUGCAGACCACGAGCUUGAAGAUCUCAACUUAUCAAUUGAACCUGAAGUUUUACCAAUCCAAGAAACUGGAAAUGACAUAGCAAAAGAUAGUAAAAGUAAUUCUAACCUUAGUGCUAAUUGCAUUGAAUCAAAUACCAAUGGUGCAUCUGAAGAAUGUCACCCAUGCUCUGAAAUAAAAUCUGUUUAUGCAUAUAGUGCGGCUGAAACGGAGUCACUACAAAAGCUACGUAAAGUCGUUGAAGAAACCGAAAGAAAACUUAUUGAAGAAAAUUUGAUUGACAAAAAACUUUUAACCGGUGAUAGAUCUUUUGUGUUAUUUGAUCCAGAACCUUAUUUUUUAAAGAAUGAUCAAUAUCCAGAAUAUAGUCCUGAAGAUCUAAUAGAAAUUAUAACAAAAUAUGAUUCGGAUUUUGAUAAAUAUGAAGCUGAUAAAAACCGAAUGUUAAAAAACACAUCACUCCAAACCGUGAGUGAAAAUGAACUCUCUGAUAUUAAUCAAGUGUCUGAAGAAAAUGAUUUUAUAAAUGUAUCCAACACUAUUGAUAAAAAAAUAAACGACAUAGAUACAGAUCAGCAAUUACAGAGUCAACAUGAAGCUCAAUUUAAUGUUGAAGACAAUAUGCAGUUUGUUAAUGAAGCAUGUUCAGAAAGCAACUUUUCAAAUGAAUCAAAAAUGGUUGAUGACAUUAAAACUGAUACAAAUAAUAGUCAAAAACUACGAUUUACCGAUAUAUAUAGUUUAUUUCAAAUACCAGAUUUUAGUCUUUUAAAGCCAGCACAGCAUGAUAGUAAAGUUGUUCAUUCAACAAAUAUAGGAGAGAAUAAUGUUUCAACUUUGAUAUGUGAAGAUGAAAAAUCGCCAGAUGAAGAAUUGUCGAAUGAAGAAUUGUCAGAAGAAGAAUACUGUGAAGAAGAAGAAUACUGUGAUGAAGAGGAAUACUGUGAAGAAGAAGAAUACUGUGAUGAAGAAGAAUCCUGUGAUGAAAAAGAAUCCUGUGAUGAAGAAGAAUGCUCUGAUGAAGAAGAAUGCUCUGAUGAAGAAGAACGCUCUGAUGCAGAAGAAUCUUAUGAUGAAGAAGAAUACCAUGUUAAACAAGAAAAUUGCAAUGGAGAACAUAGUGAUAGUAAAAAAGAAUAUGAUGAUGGAUUUGCGUAUGAAAAAGAAAAAAAAGAAAAAGAGUAUCAGGAUGAAAUUAAUUUAGAAGCAAAAAAUAAAAGAUUUGAUAAAGAUUCUACAAAUAAAAAUUACUCUUAUGAUAAUCAUCUUGACAACCAUAAGAUAUCUUUUGUGAAACACAAUAAUAGUUCUAUACAAAAACCACUUUGCAACAACAUCCAAGGAUAUGAUAUACCUAAAAGGGAGGGAAAAAAUAUUGAAAAUAAUGAACAACAAUUAGUGGACUAUGAAAUUUUAAAUAACUGGUAUGGUCAGUGGAAACAGCAAAUGAAUCGCAUACAAACACUUGUCAGGAUGAGUAAGUGAUCAUCUUGUGAGAUGAGCAUAAGUUCAUCAUGAGAACUGAAUGAUUUUUUUUUAAGAAGUUUUCACUCUGUAUUAUAAUAUUUAGUUUUUUUUAUGUUUUGGCGAAUAGUGAUAUUCACUGAUUUUAUUUUUUGUAUUUAUGGCUGAAGUUUUCUUUUCAUAAACAAUAGAACACAACAAAAUGUAUUUUAAAUAUAAUAUUAUUAUUAUUGUCUUAGUCGUUAUA